AUGCACCAGCGUAGUUGUCGCGUUAUACAUGGGCUUAACAACGAGCUAUGUGCAGAUCUUGAAGAGCAGAAUGCGGAUGACAACACAGAAGGAGUUCUUGCGGAUGAUGAAGUUGCUACAAAUUUAACUACGACUGAAAAUGAAACAAGUCCAGUUCUUAAGAAAGGUAUAAAGCUGCCGAAGAGAGAUUCAGAAUGGUCAACGGCUAACGAACAUUUUAAAUCUGCUCUACUUUUAAAUGGACCAAUCAAAUCACAAGACUUGAAUACAAGUAUACAAGUAUUAAAUGACUCGAUAUAUAAUUACUUUGCCGAUAACUUUGGACAUACAGAAACGAUUCCUGAUAAAAACUUAAUCAAUAAAUAUAAAGAUCAUACUGUUAAAAAUCUGAAAAAGGCUCUACGAAAUUUAAAAUCGACAAACUCUGACAUCACAGAAAUAAAGUAUGUUUCGCGUGCUUUGCGCGAUAAGCUGCGUGACAAUAACAAGAACACUCAGACAGACCCAAACCAUGACGAGUCAUUUAAUCACGAUAAAUAUCUUGAGCGCAAUUUCUGGGGUUAUGUGAAAAACGUGCUUAAAACAAAACGGACAGUAUUACCGUCCUUCAGCAUGCCAGAAUGCCUCAAUUACUUCAAGAAAAUACUGGGAGAAAUUCAUCCGACUAAAUUAUUUCAAAUUCCAAGUUGGAUUCCUAAGUUAUGUAAUCCUCAAAUUCAAUUUGACCUUGACCCCCCAACCUAUCAACAAAUUACAGCUGUAAUACGUAAAAUGAAAGCAUCUGGUUCUCCUUGCCCUCUUGAUCAGCUCUCAAUAAUAUGUUUUAAACGGUGUCCUUACCUUAGAACUUUUCUUACUGAACUUAUACGGGCUGUCUGGUUAUCUGGUACCAUCCCUGCUGAAUGGAAAAGAGCUUGUACCAUUCUUAUUCAUAAAAAAAGGCGAGCUAACGAUCCCUCUAAUUUCCGACCCAUUACACUUGAAUCAAUCCCUUUGAAAGUAUUUACAUCCUGUCUCCGUAAUUCACUGUAUUCCUUCCUCGCCGCUAAUAAUUAUAUUGAACAUAACAUACAAAAGGGCUUCACACCAAAUCUUUCAGGUACUAUAGAGCACACUGCUCAAAUGGCCAAUAUUAUAAACAAAGCACGGAUUAAACAACGAUCUAUUGUCAUCACUCUCCUUGACCUUAAAAACGCUUUUGGUGAAGUUCAUCACAACUUAAUUCAAUCUAUACUUGAAUACCAUCAUAUUCCUGACCACAUCAAAAAUGUUAUCAAAAGUAUAUAUACUGAUUUUAAAACUUCCGUGAUAACUUCUGAAUUCCGCACUCCGUUUAUAACUGUUGGCCGUGGUGUGCUACAAAGCGAUUGUCUGAGCCCUCUGCUGUUCAACAUGUGCUUUAAUACUUUCAUUCGGCACAUAAAAGCUGACAAGUACCGUCAAUUUGGUUUCAUGUUUAACUUCCUCAAUCCCACUCACUGGUUUCAAUUCGCUGAUGACGCGGCUGUUAUCACUGGCCAAGAUUAUGAAAACCAACACCUCUUAAACCGAUUCACAAUCUGGUGUCAAUGGUCGAACAUGAUAAUCAGAGUUGAUAAAUGUAGCACCUUUGGCAUCAAGAAAGUUUUGACAAAAUCCGUUCAGUACUUACCGAAACUACUAAUUAACAAUGGUCUCAUACCAACUAUUGAAAUGGGAGAAUCUUUUAAGUAUCUAGGAAGAUUCUUUGAUUUUGAUAUGUCCGACCACGACCACAAAUCUGAACUAAUGUCCCUCAUUGAUGAACUAAUGUCUGAUAUCGACCAUAAACAUCUACACCCAAAAAAACAAACUUCUUCUAUACAACCGUUACGUUCUAUCCAAAAUAUCCUGGCAUCUCACUGUUGCACCCCUGUCGAAAACCUGGGUAACGGAAACAAUCGAUUCUGUGAUUAA